UACUCCACCUCUCUUUCAGCACCAAGGACAGAGCCUCUGAAGGGUUGACCCAAGCAACAUUCAGUUUAGGGUAGCUCCCAAAUCCAGUAGAGAAGACGGAUGCAUUCCAAAGCAGCUAUGAAACAUUCAGUAAGGUCUAAUAGGGAAGCUGGAAGAGCAGCACACAAGUGAUUUCACCUUAGAGAAUAAAAUGGGUGAUUUUCUUUCUGUUCGUUUCCACAGUUUCUGUGUCCUGGGAAAGGCAAAGUUUGCUUUGCUUGGGCAUGUCGGCUGUCAGCUUACAGCUGCAGUUUAGCUAAGGAGCUAAACUCUACAGUCUCCUGAAAUCAGAAGGAAAUUUCAGGGAAACACCUUGGGAUCACUCCUUCCCCCUGGACUAUGGCACCUCUGAGCCAGCUGAGUGGCCACAUCAACUUCACCUGUGAGGCAGAGAACGCCACGACUCCCAGCUGUGCCCGCCCACACUCCUACUAUGCCCUCUCCUACUGCGCGCUCAUCCUUGCCAUCGUCUUUGGCAAUGGACUAGUGUGUGUCGCCGUGCUGAGGGAGAGGGCUCUGCAGACCACCACCAACUACCUGGUGGUGAGUCUAGCUGUGGCAGAUCUACUCGUGGCAACUUUGGUGAUGCCCUGGGUGGUGUACCUGGAGGUGACUGGCGGAGUGUGGAAGUUCAGCCGCGUUUGCUGCGAUGUUUUCGUCACCCUGGAUGUCAUGAUGUGUACGGCCAGUAUCCUGAACCUCUGCGCCAUCAGCAUUGACAGGUACACGGCAGUGGUCAUGCCCGUUCACUACCAACACGGCACAGGACAGAGCUCCUGCAGGCGCGUCGCCUUCAUGAUUACAGCCGUCUGGGUACUGGCCUUCGCUGUGUCUUGCCCACUCCUCUUUGGCUUCAACACCACAGGGGAUCCCAGCAUCUGCUCCAUCUCCAACCCUGAUUUUGUCAUCUACUCCUCCGUGGUGUCCUUCUACGUGCCCUUUGGAGUGACUGUCCUUGUCUAUGCCAGGAUCUACGUGGUGUUGAGACAGAGGAGAAGAAAACGGAUCCUCACUCGGCAAAACAGCCAGUGUCUCAGUGUCAGGCCUGGCUUCCCCCAGCAAUCUUCCUGUAUGAGGCUGCACCCCAUGAGGCAGUUUUCAAUAAGAGCACGAUUCCCAUCAGAUGCUACAGGGAAAAUGGAAACUUCAGAAGAUAAACAAUAUCCUCAGAAAUGUCAAGACCCUCUCUUGUCACACCUGCAGCCCCUGUCCCCUAGCCGGGCACAUAUGGAGCUGAAGCGCUACUACAGCAUCUGCCAGGAUACAGCCCUGAGAAGACCAGGCUUCCAAGAUGACGAAGGAGAAUCGAAAAGGCCGGGAAGGACUCGAAAUUCCCUCAGCCCCAACUUGGCACCCAAGCUCAGCUUAGAGGUUCGGAAGCUGAGUAAUGGCAGGUUGUCAACAUCCCUGAAGCUGGGUCCACUGCAACCUCGGUCAGUGCCACUUCGGGAGAAGAAGGCAACCCAGAUGCUGGUCAUUGUGCUUGGUACCUUCAUUGUCUGCUGGCUACCCUUCUUCUUGACCCAUGUUCUCAACACCCACUGCCAAGCCUGUCAUGUGUCCCCAGAACUUUAUAGCGCCACGACAUGGCUGGGCUACGUGAACAGCGCCCUCAACCCUGUGAUCUACACGACUUUCAACGUUGAGUUCCGCAAAGCCUUUCUCAAGAUCCUGUCUUGCUGAAGGAGGAAGAAAAGGAACACUCUCUGGCCCACCGCUAAACACCAGGCUCUUGGACUGUUGGCCAGAGCAUGCUCAGAAAAACACCGUGUGAUGUCCUAAGACAGAUAUGUGGUAGGAAGGUCCCUGGAGCUUAGAUCUCUACAUAGUGGUUGUAACCCAACUGCUUCCUCCAAAACAGAAUGUUCUAU